AUGGACCAGAGCGGCCAGUCGAGAAGAUCGUCAAUAGUAUACGAUUCUGUCACCGGCGAUCCUGUCGGCUACGGCUUUGGCCCAUCACCCAACCAGAGCACUACUAACAACAAUGCAUCACCAAGCAUAAUGUUUCCUGCCGGAAACCCGCAACUUCAGCAGUCCCAGCAGCAACCCGGCGGCUUCUAUGACGGUGCCGAGCGCUUCAAUCUGGACACGGGAUAUGAUUCCGCUCCUUUCACGACUUCGCUGGAUCCAAUGUCCGCCUUCAACAGCUACGUAGCGCCUGACAAUUUUCAGAACGCACCGAUGAAUAUGCAACUAGCAUAUGGCGUUUCGACAGCGCAAACCGUGCCGCCGCAGCCGAUGAAUAUGGUUUUUCCAGGGUCUACUUACGCGCCUAUGUUACAGCACCAAUUGCACGAUCCGAAUACUUCUGGGUCUAUGAACCAAGAGAACUGGCCGAAUAUGUCGAAUUUUGAUUUGUCUUUGUCUGGCCAGAAUUUACAAUCUAUACCCCUCCCUGGAAGCCCGGCGCCACAGAAUCGCCUCGCUAUGCAGAUCAAAAAUAAAAACGACUCCAAUGUUGCCUCUUCCUACGUUCCAUCUGAAGCUCAGCCUCGUCGGAUAUCCAAGCAAACCUCUGUUAAUAAUACUCCAUUCAUACCAGCUGAAAUUGCUGCGUCAAAGAAGCCAAAACCUGGAGGAGGAAAAGUUGCUUCUCAGUAUUUAAACGCCUAUUCAAGCAGCGGCUUUGAUAUGUUUGGUAUCCUGGCACGAAUAGCAAGCAGGCCAAACCCGGAAAUAGAUAUCGGUGCUGUUGACAUGUCAUGCGCGUUUAUCCUUUGCGACGUCACAUCCCAUGACGAUCCUAUUGUAUACGUAUCUGACGCCUUUGAAAGACUGACUGGCUAUACAAAGCACGAAAUUCUCGGCCGAAAUUGUCGCUUCUUGCAGGCACCUGAUGGAAAAGUUGACCCCGGCAUAAAGCGAAAAUUUGUUGACGACCAGACAGUAUAUCGGCUUAAAGAGAAGAUUCGCGCUCGAACUGAAGUCCAGGUCAGCAUGAUCAACUAUAAAAAAGGGGGACAGUCUUUUAUGAAUCUGUUGACCAUGAUUCCGAUUCAAUGGGGCUCGUCCGAAUACAGGUUCUAUGUCGGCUUCCAGGUCGACCUAGUCGAGCAGCCCCAGGCAGUCACAAAACGGAAUGCGGAUGGUUCUUAUACAAUCAACUACCAGCGGGACCAGCUUCCCCGGUACGUUCUUCACGCGCCAGAUUCACGAAAGACCCAGGCCAGCUUGUUCAAAAGCAUCAGCCACAGCGAGGUGUCUACUCUGUUAAAGUCUUUAGGCGCAGGCACCAAAGACAUUUCUAGUCGAUACCUCGAUCGCAUGCUACUCGAGAAUUCGGACGACGUCAUUCAUGUUUUGUCGUUGAAGGGACUCUUUCUGUAUCUGUCCCAGUCCAGCAGCCGACUCCUUGAAUACGACCCAAGUGAGCUUGUAGGGAAGUCGAUUUCCUCUGUAUGUCAUCCCAGCGAUAUUGCUCCAGUUACUCGUGAACUCAAGCAGACAACGGUCGGAUCGCCUGUGAGUGUGGUGUAUCGGAUACAGCGUAAGAAUAAUGGGUACAUGUGGUUUGAGAGCCACGGCUCACUGCACGUCGAGCCUGGAAAAGGACGCAAGUGCUUGAUUCUUGUUGGUCGAGAGCGUCCAGUUUAUACUCUUGACAAAUCAAGCGUUCUGGAAGUCGGCGGCAUAGGGGAAAACGAUUUGUGGACAAAGGUGUCCAUCUCAGGCAUGUUCUUAUUUGUAUCGUCUAAUUCACGUGCUCUUCUUGAUAGGACCCCUAGUGAAAUGAUUGGAUGUGGAAUUCAGGAGUUCAUGCGAAGCGAAUCGCGCGGCGAAUUGGGCAAAGCAUUGGAAGUUGGCCGUACCGGUCAGCAGGCGUCAUUCAAGCAUGAAAUCAGACAUAAACGCGGCCACGUCUUGCAGGCCCGGACCACUUUGUUUCCUGGCGAUGCGACCCCUGGAAGCAAACCUUCUUAUCUCGUCGCUCAAACGCGACUGAUCAAGUCUUCUCGUGCCAGUUAUCUUGCGCAGCGCAAUCCCGAUCCCAGUGCAACUGGCUUCGUCACAUCGACAUCCUCCGAAACAGAUCCGCAGACAAACGUUUCGCUACAAACAAAACCUACUAUUCGGUCAGAUUCUGCACAAAUAAUACAUCCCGCACCAACCGAGGCAGGCUCUCAUGGGUUACCCUUGGGUAGCCAAGACCAAGCGCUCUUAUCAGACACAAACAUAUUCGAAGAGCUCAAGUCCGUUCGUAGCUCCAGUUGGCAAUUCGAAUUGCGGCAACUGGAGAGGCAUAAUCGAUUACUAGCCGAAGAGCUUCAGGGUCUGAUCACUCGUCGAAAGAAGCGCAAGAGGAAGAAAGGUACUGGUCCGUUAGAGAAGGCCUGUGCGAACUGCGGCACUCGCAACACGCCGGAAUGGAGGCGAGGGCCCAGCGGUAAUCGCGAUCUUUGUAAUAGCUGUGGGCUGAGAUGGGCCAAGCAGAAUGGCCGUGUAUCACCUCGCAAGUCUGACCAGAAUGAUAAGAAUUCUAGCGCAUCAUCAGCAUCAGCCAAGGCUUCGCCGAGUAGCAUCAGCGAUGAUCGGCCAAAUGAGAAGCUGGAUUCUGAGCCUUCUGGCCGCACCAGUAACGAGACUGGCGAUACCUAG